GUUUAAUGUAUUGGUUUACAAGUACGACAAUGUACGAGUGGAAGAGUAGACUUUAAGGGUUAUGCGGGAACUCUGCUUUAGGUUGACAGCAGCUUGUUAUCCAGGUGUAGACAAUGUGUAUAUGUAGUAGUCUUUUGGCAGCCUCUCUUUCUGUGGCGUAACGAUGGAGGAUGGCGAGUUGGUCAUUCGUGUGCCAGGGCGGUCUGAGUCCCCCGUGGGCAGCAGGAGUUGCGCUGCUGGCCGUGGGUUUGGGGAGACGUUAGUGUUGCAGCACAAAGAGGUUCACCACUUCUUCUUCGUCCCCUUCAGGGAGCAGCCCAUCUACAGCACGAGGGCCCACGUCUUCCAGAUUGACCCCAACACCAAGAAGAACUGGCUGCCCACCAGCAAGCACGCCGUCACCGUCUCGUACUUCUACGACAGUACGCGCAAUGUCUACCGCAUCAUCAGCCUGGAUGGCACCAAGGCAAUAAUCAACAGCACCAUCAGUCCCAACAUGACGUUCACAAAGACCUCACAGAAGUUUGGCCAGUGGGCGGACAGUCGAGCCAACACGGUGUACGGCCUGGGAUUCUCCACCGAGCAUCAUCUAGCCAAGUUUGCAGAGAAGUUCGGGGAGUAUAAAGAAGCGGCGCGGCUCGCUAAAGAGAAGAGUCAAGAGAAGAUGGAUAUGGCCAUGUCUCCCUCUCAGGAGUCUCCAGGAGGCGAGCUCUCGUCACCUUUGACCCCGGUGACCCCGCCCAUGGAAACCAUCAACGGCACAGAUGACCUCUGCGAUUCGACUCCAAACUUAGACUCCCGUCCAGAGCCGUCUCAGAACGCCCUGGCCUUCGCACACAGGGAGCAGUUUAAGACUUGUCGGGUCUGCUCUUUCUGAUAGGGAUGUCAUUACAAGUCCUGACUACUGCGACACCAUAACUACGCAUUUAAAAAUAAAAUUCAGGCACAAACUUUCCCAAAAGUUAGAGCCUGGUGCAGGUCAGCAACAGGGAGGGUCCUCUUUACAAAUCCUGGUGCUCUGCUUGUUUACUAACUGCUAACUAAUAAGGUAAAGCAGCACGACAUCACUCCAGUCGGGAGGUAUAAUGGUGCAAUGAAUUAUAUCAGUGACAAUCUGACUCACACGCUGUCACUUCACAUGGACCAGCAAGAGAUGUUACUUUAACCAAUCUGAGCAUGCUUGGUACAGAAACGUACAUAUAUCUAUAGUUCUGUGUUUGCCUACUGCAAUGCAAUAAUAUCUUUUAAAAUUAAAAUCUGUUAUGUUUGGUGCAUUACGGACUAUGUGACGGUGUCACCUCUAUGCAUGCAGCACUACUGUUACACUGUAUACAUUCCUGAUGUUUUUGUGUCCUGUUAGCAGACUGAAUAUUGAAAUGGACAAUUUAUAUUUGUUGUGAUUGUUAAUACUGGUUUAUAUACAAUAGAUUAUGUAAGACAAAGCGGUCACAGUUCCAUGUAAAUAUGUUUGAUUUGUAUAAUGGCUUCCUGAAGAGGUGCGGCUGUGAGGUUCACCAAAAAGGUGUUGAUGAAGCGUUUAUGUAAGACUUAUAUAACAUUCUGUGGGUAGUGGGAGGCAGAGAAAGAGCAAGACAGACAGACACACAGAGAGUGUGUUUGUCAGAAGCUGGAGAGAGAGAGAGGCGCAUUGUAUAAAGUCUGUGCAUGAGUCACUGAUACAUAAGCACCCACCAACUGCAAACACACUCAAUAAACUGAACAGGAGGGCAUGCACGAUGAGUUUGAACCAUUUGAGUGAGUGAAGUGUUUCUUUCUCAGGAGAGAAAAUAUCCCUGUUUUCUACUGUCAACUGUAGUCGACUGUACACGGGUCUUUUCAUUUGUAAAAUCUCUGUAAUCCUGUGCCACUCGUUUCAUUAUUUCUCUGGCUGCGAUUCCUAUUAAUUAAAGAUAUCAAUCAAUCG